ACCCGCCCACCCCAAGGCUUCCAGGGUGGGGAGGGGGUCCCCGGCGUCCGGGACAGCUGGUCCCGGACACCGAGGCCAGUGAGGGGAGGGGCUCCCGACGCCCCGGUCAGAGGCAGGGGCAGGUCCAGGACACCGGGGUCUGGUCCUGAGGAAAGGAGGCCCCGGCGCCCCUGGGUUCCCCGAGGCAGCUUCAGUUUGCCUUCGCAAGUAAACGGGGCCAGGCCCUUCCCUUUGGCCCUGGAGUGCUUGAAGUGUCCCAUCCUGGUCCCGAUGCACUCUUUGUGGCCUCCUUUCACCAGCCGCCGGCCUGUCGCCAUGCUGUCCCUGUGCCUGUGCCGGUCGUGGCACCGCAGCCCUGCCACCCGGCUCUUCUCAGCGGCCUCCGGGCAGCGGUCUGGCCCCAGGAACUACUAUGAACUGUUAGGAGUGCAUCCUGGUGCCAGCACUGAAGAAGUUAAACGAGCUUUCUUCUCCAAGUCCAAAGAGCUGCACCCCGACCGGGACCCUGGGAAUCCAGCCCUGCACAGCCGCUUUGUGGAGCUCAGUGAAGCAUACCAGGUGCUCAGCCGAGAGCAGAGCCGCCGAAACUACGAUCACCAGCUGUCCUCCGCAAGUCCUCCAAAGCCUCCAGCAACCGCGGCCCAUGCCAGGUCUGCUCAUCAGGCACACAAGUAUCAGGCACACAGCGGCUCCUGGGAACCCCCCAAUGCCCAGUAUUGGGCCCAGUUUCCCGGUGUGAGGCCUCAGGGACCAGAGUCGAGGAAGCAGCAGCACAAACAGAACCAGCGGGUUCUAGGAUACUGCCUCCUGAUCAUGCUGGCAGGCAUGGGCCUACACUAUGUCGCCUUCAGGAAGCUGGAGCAGAUACACCGGAGCUUCAUGGAUGAAAAGGAUCGGGUCAUCACAGCCAUCUACAAUGACACACGGGCGCGGGCCAGGGCCAACAGAGCCAGGCUCCUGGAGAAACUGCAGGGGCAGCAGCUGCAGCCCCCACCUGGAGGCCCAGGGAUCGCGCCUCCCAACACAGGCACCCGGCCGUGAGCCGCUCACUUGGACGCGGGCUGCCGGUUGUUCCCUCCUUGCUACCCCGCGGGACUUGCCACCCCUCGAAACGCGUGCAAUAAAGUGCUUCUCAGA